UUUACGCUCUGGUGACUCUUGAUCAAAACAUUGUGAAGUGCGUAGAGAACAAAGUACAAAGAUACGAACUUUGGUUAACACUUUUAUUCUCUAUCGAAGUUAACAUGUGACACAGCUGAGGAAGUGAAACUGGGACAAUUUACGAGUAAUGAACAAAAUGAGAUCUCUAUGUUUAAUUCUGUUUUUCUUCACUGUUGGGUUGGCAAAGUAUCCCGAGGAUGAGAAAUCUGUCCGCUGGCUGAUGAACCGUUGGCAGCAAGAGUAUAAUGUUGUAUACAAGUCAGCAACGCAAAAUAUAGAAAAAUUCAAAACAUUCAGAGAGAAUGUUAAAUACAUCAACUGGCUCAACAAGGCUCACAAUGGACAGACAGAAUUUGAGCUGAACAAAUUUGCAGAUUUGAGCCCGGAUGAGUUCAAGUCCAAGAUACUGAUGCCAAAGAGACAGCCGCCGACGUUUGAAAGUUCCAGAUAUAUACGAGGGUCGGGACUACAUGAACGAGAUCUUCCCGAGUCUUUUGAUUGGUCAACUCAGGGCAGAGUGACACCUGUAAAAGAUCAAGGUGAUGUCGGAACGUGUUGGGCUUUUAGUACUGUUGAGAAUAUUGAAGGUCAGUGGAUACAGUUGGGACAGCCGAUGACCAAUCUGUCAGUAGAACAGGUUGUGGAGUGUGAUGGUGUGGCGGACAUACCACACAACAAUACACACGCGGACUGUGGAAUAUUCGGCGGAUGGCCGUACCUCGCCUACCAGUAUGUCAUGAAAGCGGGUGGACUUCAAACCUGGGAAGACUACUGGUAUUGUUGUGGAUUGGGAGGCAAACCCGGCACAUGCGAUAUAUGUCCCGCGGCGGGAUACAACUGGACGCGUUGUGGUCCGCCUGUACCGUACUGUAACAUGACACAAAGCUGCGCCGUGAAAAUAAAUCCAAAGAAGUUUGUGCCUGGGCUGAAAGUUGUAGACUGGAAAGCAGUCGAUCCGAACGAGACUGCCAUAGCGGAACAGUUGAUGAAUAUUGGACCAUUGUCCGUGGCCCUGGAUGCGACCCUGCUGCAGUUCUACCACAAAGGUGUGUUCGAUCCCAUCUUCUGCAGCAAGUCUAACCUUGACCAUGCGGUGCUGGUUGUGGGAUUCGGUAAGGAGAAAGAUUUGUUUAGUACGAAACCCUUCUGGAAGGUGAAGAACUCGUGGGGAGAAACGUGGGGCGAGAAUGGGUAUUUCCGGAUACUGCGGGGCUCCGGCACGUGUGGUAUAAACACCCAGGUGACCACGGCUGUGCUACAAAAACCAUAGCGUUAUAAAUAAGUCAGCUUCUUAUGUUACUAGUAGACUUUUCUCCAGAUAGGACAUAUUUCUUGUAAGACAGAAUACAACAGGUAUAAAAGCAUUUACAGAGUUUUUUCAAAGGCAAUAUGCCUCUGGAUAAACAUGAUUGUUAAAAAAUCAUAGAAAGUAAUGUAUCAUAUAUAUAGAAAUGAAAAUUAUAUAAAGUUGAUAAUCAGUCAGUAUGAUAAAAAGUACAUCUACAUUCCUUCUAUUUUAUAUAUUAACAUUUCUGUUGCUUUUGAGCGCGUUUCUGAAUAUUGUAUGAGUGAUUUUCUAAAUGUUUUUAUGAAUGAUUUUAUUAAUUCUGAAUCACUUUAUUUACACUACUUUACAAUCGCUAACAAAUGACUGCACUGUCGAACUAUCAAAAUUUCUUAACAGUUGACAUAAGUCUUAAUUCUUGCUUCUUUAAUUAUUGUUGUUGACAUAUAUCUACAAAUUCAACAGAAUUCAAGUUGUGAACUGGAUGAGUGUUGACGUCAUUUUUUACGUCAUUUUUGACGCAAACUCAAUUUUCUCAGGCAGUUAUAUAAUACUUGCACAUACAGAAACAGUUUGUAAUGCUGUUGUACCAACAACAGGUUUGUCAGUCUUUCGCUUGUGAUUCUGUUGAAGAAUUAGAUCUCAGUGAUUUUAGUUUUCAGAUUAUUUAAAGUUUACUAGAGAAAGGUUGUAGAUGACAUAAAAUGCGGCAUAAUUGUUGUUAUAGCUUGUUAGAAAUAUCGAAACUGCCGUGAUUGUAUGUGAUAUUUUUUGGUAGUUUUAUUCAGAAUCAUUAUAUAUGAUUUGCAUAGUAAAUUUGACGGUAGUGGGCCUUAAGUCACAAUCGACAACUUCCGCUCGAAUAUAUUAUGCUCCGUAAGCGAUUCCGGCAUUCUCCGCAUCGGAGACCUGACCGUAAUCAUCUGGAAAUUGUCGGUUACAAUUCGUUUGAUUAUCGUGCUAUGUAAUGACAAAAAAUGUGUUUGUUAUAAUUUACUUUAUUCUUCCGAAAAUCAGUCUGUGAUACAUAGUAUUUAAUGUAAUAAAAUGUUAUAAAUACAUAAAAA